AUUCAUGCGAGCACGCCACCUUUCUCUCUCUCUCUCUCUCUCCCUCCCUCCCUCCCUCUCCCCUCUUCUUCCCCUUCCAUUCCCGCAAACUUCGCCAAUCUGCAACCCAGCCAGGCUCCACACGAUUUCGCGAAGAAACCGAAAUCCACUCGGUUUUCCUGCGGUAGCAUUGGAAUAUGGAAGAGGGAUUCGUGGAAUCAGGAUCCUUCUCCCGCUCCUCCUCCUUCGGUGGGUUCGAGGAAUGGAUGGCGCUGGUGAGGAAACGCAAUGGGAGUGGGACGCCCUCCUCGUCGUCUCCGCAGCAGCCCAGGUCUGGUGGAUUUGCUGCCCAAUCUUCAGUCAGUUCAGAAGGACUAGAACUUGGUCACCCUUAUAGCGAUGCGAUUGACUAUAGCUUAUCAUACCAACUACCAACAACAAGCUUAUGGGAUAGGCUUGGGAGGGUUACUAUGAUGGACAUCGAGUCAAGUGACUUCAACUGGAGCUCUCUCUCUUCACUGCACCAUACAAAACAUACUGAUACUAGUACAGAACCCUACGAGGAUGACACCAGCAGAAGUUUUGAGGUUACAGUAAAUUCUGGAGGAGUUGUUUUCAUUGCAUUAUUCAAAACAUCUGAAUAUGAUGACCUUCCGUCCAAGGAGACUGCAGCGGUCAUUAAAAUAGCGCCUUCAAGGAUGGCCACUCAAUCAGAACGCUUUGGCUAUGAACUUGCGAAAUGGCUUGGAGUGAGGACUCCUCAGGGCAGAGUGAUUCACAACUUCUCAUCUGAAUGGCAUCAAAUGAAGGAUGCAGUUGAGAACGCUCGGGAUGCAGCGAUAUCUUCUUGUGAUGAACUCGAGGAAAUGAUUUGCACUGAGAUGCUAGAGGCGCUCGAAUUGAGCCGAUGCUUAUUCCUAAUGAAUUAUGUACAUGGCUCCCCUCUGCUAGAGAACACAAUGCCAUUUGAUUCACAUGAUUCUGCUGAAAAAACUGCUGAAGCUUUAGGAAGGGUCUUGAUACUGGACCUUGUACUGAGAAAUGAAGACAGGUUGCGAUGCCGCCCCCUUGGUUGGCGGGGAAAUUACGCAAAUUUACUUGUUGCCGACAGGAAUGCUUAUGCAAACCUCGAUUCAUUAGAUGAUGUUUAUGAUUCUGCAAUCAUUCGUUACAAGCCAGAGAUCAUCAGAAGCCCUCAGAAUCGGAAGCCGAGAAGAGCAGUUUCAAUAAGUGGCAGUAUUGGCUCAGAUACAUCUGAUCUCAUGUUGCCGGACAAUCCUAGUCAGCCUGAGAUUUCCAGCUUUCACAUCAUAGCCAUUGAUUCAGGUGUUCCACGCAGACCGCCUGCUUGCAAACGGGCGAAAGAUCAAGAGAGCUAUCCAAAGCUUGUGGAACUUACACUCAACAAUUGGGAUUACUCUUCUAACCUUUUGUUUGAACUGUCAUUUGGAAAACUCGGUAUCCCAGGACCUGAAGAAUUUGAUGUGUCAUCUGAUCUUAGUUACCAUUCUCCUCUGUCCGAAAGUGAUAUGGUAGCUGCGGUGAAUUCCUUCCGAGGAGGUUUUCGUAGUGCUUUGAGGGACCUUCAACGAUUCCACAUUUUCCUUGUCACACUUUACCAGAAGCUGGAUGGUCUAUUGAAAAUCUUUUUCAAUCUUAUGUAUAAAGUAUUAAAUGAAUAUGACAGGGAAGACGCUGGUUCAUCUGAUUCACCGUGUUCCACAGAGACACACAUGGAUUCACAUGAUUCUGAAGUUCCAAAGCAUAUGCGUAGGCCUUCCCGUACUUUAUCCCGUGACAAUUUUGACCUAUCAUCUCCUUCCAGUCGAGAGAACUUUAUGAUUAAGAAUUUCAAAGGAAGCAGUGAUGCUUCCCGUGGAUUGCGGCUGACAAUGAAACUACGGGAUUUUAAUAAGUAUGCUAAGGCAGACGGUGAAUUAUGCAAAGAAAUAGAACAAUGGAAUGACAUGCUCAGGACAGAAGUUGUGAAAUUGUGUCAAGACAACAGUUUUAACACGGGUUUCUUUGAAGGAAUAGAUAAUAGCAUUGCAGUUGAUGCUUAUGAAUUGAAGGUUCGACUUGAGCACAUUCUUGAGAGGAUAUCAUUGAUUUCUGAUGCUGCAAGCACCGAGCGUCCCUCUCAGAUCACGGAUUAUUUGUAUAUUGGUGGUGCUCUAGCUGCUCGGUCAACAUAUACACUUAAACACCUUGGCAUAACCCAUGUUUUAUGCUUGUGCGCAAAUGAAAUUGGGCAAGCAGAAUCUCAGCAGCCUGAUCGUUUCGACUAUCAGAACUUCUCAAUUAACGAUGAUGAAAAUGCAGACAUCAGUGAUGUCUUCCAAGAUGCUUCAGAUUUCAUUGAUUAUGUUCAACACCUACAUGGCAAAGUACUCGUCCAUUGUUUUGAAGGAAAAAGUCGGAGCGCAACUGUUGUUCUUGCUUACCUGAUGCUGAGAAAAAAAUUCACUCUUCUGGAAGCAUGGAACAUGCUAAAGAAGGUGCACCGACGAGCGCACCCGAACGACGGCUUCGCCAAGGUCUUGUUGGAUCUUGACAAGAAACUGCAUGGUAAAAUCUCCAUGGAGUGGCACCACAGGAGGCCUGCAAUGAAGGUGUGCCCCAUCUGCGGCAAGAACGCUGGGCUCAGCAGCAGCUCACUGAAGCUCCACCUGCAGAAGGCGCACCGGAAGAUAUCGUCGGGGAGCGUCGACACCGCCAUGAGUCUGGAGAUCCAGAAGGCGGUGGAGGCGAUCAAGGCUGGGCGUGGCGGCGGUGACAGCCCGACGCAUAGCGCUGAGAAGGUUACUUCCUGAACUCUUUGUGAUGCUAGGGCUGGUGAUGUUCGCUGAGCCACAGCUUGCAUCACAUCCUGCAUCUCCCAGAUCAUGCGGCAAUGUGUUACUUCACUUUAUGAGCAAAACUGUACUACACCUGAAAUUUUGACCAAAUUAUAUAUAUAUAGGGGUUGUUCAGAUUGUAGCCUAAAUAAACCUUACCAAAUUUUGGCAUUGGCAAGUUGACAAUAUUACCAAAAUUUUGACAAGAUUCCUUAUGUAUUUACCAAAUUUUGACAACAAACUAAAUGUAGGCACUUUUUUGGCAACCUUGUUAAAAAUUGGUAUGGUUGAAAAUGGCAUCAAUCUAAACAGCCCCUAGAAUACGAUUUGUGCAGUGAGAUGCCGAAUUAGAGAUGAUUAGCAUGAUUCCGAAAGAUUUUUCGCUUUUA